UACUUUUUUAUCUUAAUAUUGCGUGGACGAAGUCGCGGACAACAGCUAGUAGACUAUAGAUAUAUUAUUUACAAGUUAUUUAAGCCUUUGGGCUACGGCGGAUCCAGGGGGGGUCAUGGAGGUCAUGACACCCCCCCUGAGUUAGUUGGUUAAGAGCUUGACGACAUAUAUUUACAUAUUUUGUCAAGCUCUUGACUUAACCACGACUAUGUGACCCUCUGGCGCCAAAGCUGGAUCCGCCCUUGCCUUUGGGUAUAAGACAAAAUGAGUUAUAGUAUACAAUUAUCAAUUUUUAACGAUGUAUUAGUUAACAUAGAAGAAUUUCGAAAGAAAGUUGUCAUGACUUAUAAUUCACGCAACUUUCGAUGUCCCUGUACUUUUUCACGGACGUUGUCAAACGCUAAGAACUAGUAAUAUAAAACUAAUAAAGUAGUAAAUCAUUUUAAACCAUCAAAAGAUCUAUUAUAUAAACAUUCAUGUUUUAUAGACAAACUAUAAAACUACUGGUAACCUUUGAUGGACCAUUUCAAUCCACAGAAUGGUUGUAAAUAGUCGAAACUAUAGAUUUGAUUUACAGCACAAAGGUUACGAAAUGUAAAACAUUACAGUCGCGGGCGAAAUCUAGUAUGCUAGUAUACUUUCGCCCGCGAUUCCAUCCGCGUGGGAUUAAAAAAAAACAAAAAUGCCUAAGAUUAUAAGAAGUAAGAUUGUAUCGCAUUUUAAAUGUUCAUCGGUAGAUUGUUCAUAUUGUAGUUUCCAAAUAUUCUUUGAAAUUAGCUCUCGAAACAUGCGUUCUUAGUAUGUCUAAAUUUAUACAUCACGUAAAUGCAUCGAUAAAUUUCUAGGUUAAUACAAUAUCAAUCUUAUUCCUAGAACACGUCGAAGCGCAGUAUGCUACGCCAAAAAUUGUUUUCCUUUAAAUUUGAGCAAUGUUUUUAAUUCGUGAAACGAAAAACACACAUCCGAAAACUAUAAACAACCAACAAAACAUCGCAACAUAUAUUUAAGUAGAUUUCCGAUCGUAAAUAAUAAAACAAACCAACUUUCAGGGACUAUAUUUAAAACAGUGCGAAGAGAGGCAUCCUACCGCGCGGACAUGAGCGUUCGCCAUUGACUGGAAAAUGUUCAGCUUUUUUAAAAAGAAGGGUAAGGCCGAGAACGCGCCGGAAACGCCCGAAGGCAUCCGAAGACGGCCGACAGAUCAAGCGACUAGACGAGGCUCAGUCGACGCGCGCGCUCUCCCACACGACAAUGAAACGAACGAAAAAUCUACAACGCUGCAAAAAGAUGUAGUCAACCUACUUAUCCCUGAGACAGACUACUCCCAGAAGACAGGAGUGAGUGCGUUACUCCAGAUAAUGGCGGGCAAAAGGAGGAGGAACAGAAGGAAAACACGCGCAGACUCAUGCCGUAUCAGUCCGCCCAAAGAGACGCAAAUGCAACGCAGGAACUCCGAUACGACGCAACCUACGCCCACACCCGCCCAAAAUACACGAGUCGAGCCGCGCUCGCCGAACGAUCCGGCUGAUUUCGUCAAAGCUCUUGUCCUGCAAAAAUACGCGAGCAAGCCAGAAACAAAACAACAACACGUGUCGUUAGUAUACGUAUCAAAUGAACCAGAAUUGGAUGAGAAACGACACGCAGAAGCAUUACUACGGGAGAUAGCGCGAAGUAUUGACUGCGACAUUGGUAUAAAUGAUAAACAAAUGGGCAACGGGGACAGUAAACCUAACGACCCGUUGUACGAAUCAGUCGUUGAAAACAUUGAUAAUUACAAAAGCGAUCUCAAAGUCGAACUGGACAGGCUACUACAGGACGAAGACGAAACGAAAAUCGAUGAAAAAGAUCAAGCGGAGACGGAAAGUCUAGAUUCACCAGCAAAUAAAAAGAAAUCUAAUCUUAAAAUUCCAAAAUCAGAUAAUGAAGGUUGCUCUGAUGAUGACAGAUCUGACUGUGGGAAGAAACGCGUCACAUUUAGGAAGCACGUUAUCUUCGAUGAUGGAGAACAGCAGACGGAUGAUGAAAUGAAUUCUUCUUUCGAAUCCCUUUCUUCAGAAGAAGAAGAGAAUGAAUAUCUGGAAGAUGCUUUACCAGACAAUGAUGAACUUCUAGGUGGUGUUUUAGUGACAAGAGAAGAUGACAAUAAGACAGUGAUAAGUGUGACUGAUGAUGAAUCUAUAAAGAUUAAAGUGGAAUGUUUCGAUGAUGGACUUAAGAGGAUUUCUAGUGAUAACAGUGAUAGUGGUUUUAUAGAGAUUAGUGAAAAGACUGAUGAGACGGAGAAAGAGUACGGUGAGAGUGCCAGCGAGAGUGAGAGUGAAGAAGAAAUUGUAGAAGUUAUAGAGGAAAUAGUAGAAAUUAAAGAUUCCAGAAGAGAGAAUGGUACAACAAAUGAAGAGAAAACACUGGUAUCGCAAGAGACCAAGUAUCAAAACCAAGUGGACGCGCUCACGGAGCUGGCGGAGACGAGAUGUCAGGAGGCGGAAAGAGCGAGAGAUCUGAUUGUAUCGUACAGGAAAGAGAUAGAAGCUAAGGAUUUGGAGAUUGAACAAUUGAAAUCUGAACUAGCAGCUGCGUAUAAAGAAACAGAAUUAGUAAGACAGAAGAGUCGCGCGUUAGAAGAUGAGAUAGUUGCUGCGAGGAGUCUCUCAGCGAGUCUUGCUGAUCAGCUGCAGCGGAGAAACGAUGAAUCCGUACGACAACUCAGAUCUGAACUGGAAGACGCGCAAACCCGACGAGCGGAGCUCGAAUCUAGACUUCUGGAUUUGGAGAAAGAGAGAGAUAGAUUGGAACAUGAGAAGGAGAUAGAAGCUCAGAAAGCUAAAGAGGCAUUAUCAGUAGCAGAAGCGAGUAGUUCCAAAUGGCGGGUAGCACAUGAAGCGGCGCGCUCGCAAGCCGCCGCGCGCGCUGAGAUCAUACUCGCAGACUGUGAGUGGAAGAUGAGGGAGUUGGAGAAACGAGCCAGGGAUGCUGAGAGAGAGAAGAUGGAGUUGUCCCAAACAGUGCAAACUCUCCAGAACUCCACACACAAAGCGGAACUCCAACAAUUACGAGGUCUGGUGGGGGAACAGCAGCAUUCCCUGCAGAACCUCAGCUCCCGGCUCCAGGAGUUGCAGACGAGAGAAGAUGAGCUCCAGGUGGAGGUGCAUCGACUGGAGGAACUGCUGGAUAGGGAGAUCAGGAACGGGAAGGUUAAGACGGAACUGCAUCUCCAGGCGGUGCAAAACCUAAAAUCAGAGCAUACAAAAGAAAUAGAGUCUUUAAAAGCGGAACACGCGGCGAGUACGUCAGCGAUGACAGCGCGGCUGGCCUACGAGCGGUCAGCCGCCGAGCGCAGCCGCGCCGCCUUACUGCAACUGAAACAAGAAGCGGAACACCAAGCAGACAAAAAACUAAGAGAAGUUAAUAUUAAAUUAGAGAACUUGAAGAAGGAACUAUCAGAGAAGGAGGCGGGGUACGAGCGCGCGCUGAGCGCCGCGCGCAGCCGCGCCGACUGGGACGUGCUGCAGCUGCGCCAUCUGCUGGACAAAGCGGACAUCGCCUACGCCAACAACAUCGAGCAGAUGACGGAGAAGUUCGAGAAAGAGAAAGAACGUUUAACAGAAGAAUGGAGUGAGAAGCUCCGUGUGGUAGAAGAGCAGGCAGCAGUUGCCGCUGACGAAGCUCGCAGACAGCUGGAGACAUCACGCAGUAAGAUGCUGGCGGAGAAAUACGAACAGACAUCAAAACUGAAAGAACAACAUCGCGUUGAGAUGGGUAAUUCUGAGAGCCAAUGGGAGCAAUUCAUGUCAGACAAGGAAAGCUGCUUGUCGCGCAUGAAGAGCGAGUGCAGGCAGGAAGGAGAAGAAGAGAGAGUGCAGAGAGAGAAGGAGCUUAUGAGGGAGAUUGCAGAAUUGAAAUCUCAAAUUCAAUCGAAAAGCGUUGAAUUUGAAAAUUUGGAAGCGAAAGUGGCGAAGUGCGGUCGCACUCUCGCCGUCACUGAACAAGAACUUAGAGAGGCACUCGCUCGGGAAAAAGAAGAGAGAGAGAAGAGAGGGGAACAGGCAGUGAGACUGCAGCAAGUGGAGAAAGCGGCAAGAGAACAGAUUGAGCACUUAACAAGGAAAUGCGCUUGUUUGCGGAAACUUUUCGACGACAUGCGCGCGCGGCUGUCGACCUGCGAACACAACGCCGACCAGGGGGCGAGAGCGAGAGAGAAAGAGAUGCAUCUUCUGCGUACAGAAGUCGCCAGACUCACCAAGAUGUUGGUAGAAGAAAGUUCACCAAACUUAGGUGCAAGAACUCGCGCCGACGGUUGUGAGAAUUCGACCAAAUCUGACGAAUUCCUUACUAAAGCCGCAGCAGAAGAAGAUAUACAACAAAAUGGUGAGAUGUUUUUAUGAGGGACAUCCCAAAAAGGUCGACGUCGCGCCAAAAGUUGACGAAUUCAACGACGUCCUUACAUUAUAGCUGCUU